AUACAAAACGGCCAAAGUGAAGCAGAACACUGUUUUAAAUGAUGUAAACCCCCUCUUAUAGUUUCAAACUUUCGGACAAAAUAGUACCUGCAAAAUAGAUAAAUGCAACUAUUACACUAUGACUCUGACCAAACCAAUUUUAUAAAGAGAAUAAAGAAAAAAGCACCAAAUCAUUAGUAGCUAACUUAUUAAGAGGUUCAGUUGAAUAGAUCGCAAACUCAACUAAAUCAAAACAACAACAACAACAACUCCACACCAUUCUCAUCGCAUUAACCAUAUGCUCCAAUGCUUCUUUAUAUAAACUCAUCAUUCAUCGAAUAAUAUCAAACACAAACAACAUCGCAAGCCAAAGAUAACUUGAGAAUCCAAACCAAAGAGUAAAAUGGCCAAAGCUCUUCACAUAAUCAUCCUUCUGUUCCUCACAUCCUUCAAUCUCCUCGCAGUCAUCAACUCGGUUAGAAUUCUUGACGAGAUCCAACCUCAGCCUCAGUUAAUCCCUACAGGCCAAAUCCCCACGGUGGCUCCAACUGAAGCCGAGGAGGAUGAUGGCACCGAUGACAACCCAGUACCAGCAACCACAACAAGUACUGCAUCAGCAGUAACUGUCUCAGCCGGUCCAGCUGGUGCCACAGCGGGUGAACACGAGCCUUUACUAGAGUUCUUCAUGCACGAUGUGCUAGGCGGGUCUCACCCAUCGGCUCGUGUGGUUACCGGAAUAGUAGCUCAAACUGAAGUGAACGGAAUACCAUUCUCAAAGGCCAGCAACAGCAUUUUCCCAGUUGACAAUGGAGUCCCACUGGUCAACUCAAACAACAUCAACAGUGUUAUUAACCCAAACACAGCUCCACUUCUCACAGGACUUGGCGGUGCUCAAACCUCCACCGUAAUCCAAAACACUAAUGGGAAUUCCAACGAUGCUCUUAGCGCCAACAAUCUCCCUUUUGUAACCGCUGGAAACCUCCCUCCUGGUGCUGCCCUCCAGCAUCUCAUGUUCGGAACCAUAACUGUUGUGGACGAUGAGCUAACUGAAAGCCACGAGCUUGGCUCAGCUGUUAUAGGGAGAGCUCAAGGCUUUUACUUGGCCAGUUCCUUGGACGGCACAAGCCAAACUCUUUCUCUGACCGUAUUGCUACAUGGAGAGCACGACCAUCAUGACACUUUAGAUGAUGCCAUUAGUUUCUUUGGAGUUCACCGGACCGCCUCUCAUGCCUCCCAGAUUGCAGUUAUUGGCGGGACUGGGAAGUUCGAGCACGCUAAAGGGUAUGCCAUAGUGGAAACUCUGCAUAACCAGGACAACCAGCAUAUCACUGAUGGUCAAGACACCAUCCUCCAUUUCAGUGUAUACCUCACCUACAAAGCUUGAAGACAAAAUGAGACUUAAACAAGAA